CAUGUUCUUGGAAGACGACCACACCAACGUCCACAUACCAUAGUGUCACUAUGGCCAGGAUUCCACACGCGGGUGGUUUAAUAGUGUAAACCACUCUCUCUCUCCUGCUUGCCCUUCACAAAUUCUACAACCUAUAUCACAAUUUACUGUCCUACAGAAGUUGUGAUAGUAUUCGGCCUACAAUGGCAAGAAGGAGAGAAAUGAGGUUGUAGAAGCAGCGUGCUGGAUGUCUUGUGUGGUAUACCGACUCGGGACUCGAGAGAUCCCCGCAAAUGCCAUCAUGCACUCCACUCCUUCCUUUUCAGCACCUUAGAUUAAGUCUUAAUCUACUUAGCUCCGCCUAAAUGCAUCGCAACACAAGGCUCCCUUACCUUCAUGACUGGAAAGGUAUCCAGAGACACUACCUCCUCCCUUUUCUAGGUAGGACAUACUAUAGUUUGAAGGAUCGAAUAAUGAAGUAGCUCUCUCACAUAACGAUCAUCACAGGGUCACUGCGUGAUAACAAAUAAUGAUUGGAAAUAGAAGUUAUCCCGGGUAGCGACUCAUAAGAUCAUGCAACUCGGGAGAUCAAGAAGGGACUAUAUAUGGAAGUAUCAUCGCACCGAUCUACCAGAUUGUUUCCUGCACCAGGCAUCCUUGAGCCCCUCUAUUACAGCGCGCGUUUCCUAAACACGUGUCAGCCUGCUUUUUGUACAUUAUCAAAUGGCUCCUAUCAAUUUGACAGCUGCUUUGCUUUUGUUCGUGUCCGCGGCGUGGGCUAUCGACAUACCAACAGCUCCAACAUGGCCUAGUGGAAGGUGUACUGAUAAAAGUUUGAGCAUACCUUCAUGGAUACUUUCCCAUUAUCGCGUCGUGAACGGCGUUACCAGCUUCCGGAUCACUAAUCGCGCUUCGGAUCCCACGGGUCUCUACGCUGACGCUACAUGCUCGCCCGGCACAUCGCGAUGUCAGCUAUCAAGUGCUGGGGAAUCUAUGUCCGCGACUCUGACCACUGCAUCCAACGGACGUGCGACAGUAGGCAUCACAGACUUCUGGAUCUGCGGAGACGAAGGUGACAGAAUCAACUUCAAGGCCAAAGGGAAUACAACGAUCACUGCGUGUGAAGGCACUGACUGCACCUCCGGAAUUGACUACCUUGUUCCUGGGACUUUGGAAUUACCUGUACCUCUUACUCCCACUCAACCAAAAGCGCCACCGGGUGUCGAUGCACCGAGUUGUGCGAGUGUUGGGGAGAAGCAGUGGACGGUUGAUUCUGUGACGUACAAAAAGGUUGCAGUUGGGCAAUGCAAGCAAUGGUACAUCCAGGACUAUAUUUGUUUAGAUCCCAUAGGCGACUUGAUCUCUAAAGGCGAGUAUCUCUCACUACGGGUCAAGAACAAUGGUAUCUCUCACGAAGUUACAUGUGACUUCAAAGCCGAAUACGAGAAGUACACAAUACCGCAACCCCUUCGGUGCACGGGUGGAGAAUAUGGACAGAUAAUUCUCGACGUGACUUGGACGGGCACUUCCCCAGAUUUCAAUCUCAAGGUAGAGGAACUGUGGUACUGCAUCGAGAACCCAACUCAAAACUCCGAUGUGUCAGCGCUCAUUGCAACGGGCAGCACCGACCUUAAACUCAACUGUGAGACAACCCCUGGCAUCACAGGAGCCCCUGACGAUCUUAUAACCACCUGCAACGAUCCAUCUGGCAGCCACUUCCUUGUCGGCACACAGAAGAGCAAGGCAACGCUCCCCGCGUUCUCUCUCGUCACAGCUUGGCCUGUUCACGGUGGAUGCACGUUUGACAGCGUAAGAAACCCUACCUGGGGUUUUCGUGGCAUGAGAUAUUGGUAUUACCCAAACAUGACGUUCCAACAGUAUGCCGUCGGUGUGCUGGGGCCCAACUUCGAGUUCUGGAUCUACGACCAUGGUGCGCCUAUUCGUGGUAGCGGCGAGGACGCAGUUUACAACUGUAACGUAUACUACGAUGGCAAACCUCGUGAUCAACAUUACAAAUGUGAAAUUUCUAUACAUGCGCCUGAGCGUACUGUCUGGCUUACCAAGGGCUGGGAGUGUCGGGACAAGAACCAAAACGAGCCGUUGUUCUUUGAAGGCUCCGGAGAUUUCGACUGGAGUAUCUACCCACAACAUAGCUGCGGGGUUGGCGGCGUUGGAUUCGAGGGUACUACGGCUUGUAUAUGGAGGGGAGCUACGAAUAGCGCCCCUGGGAUCCCCUACGACAUACCAAAGGUUACAGUCAGUACUGUGCAUGUGCUUCCGCCCGACUACAGCCAGGCAGGUGCUAAUCAGUUUGCCCCUGAUACUUCCGUGAUGACUGUUUUCCAGAACAAAGAGUGGAAAAUACCGGAGUAGGCCAUCUUUCUUGCAAGUGGCAGGUUGCGAUUCUUAUCUGCACGGGUCUAGGCAAACGACCUCGUUCGUUGAUAUCUUUCAAUCAGCUAAAAUCGGUAGAUACUGGUGACAAGCGUAACCACAUUUAUGGAAUACAGUCUGGCAUGUGUGGAUUCGGUGUGC